GCCGGGGGCAGCAGCGCUUCCUGCGGCUCGCGGGGGCCGCGCGGGGCCUCCCAGACCCGGCGCGGCCCGGCCGGAGCGCCAGGGGCUAAAAAAAUAAACAGUUGAAGUCCUCUUUAUGAAACCAAUCCUCGGUCAAGUGUAACAUUUGAUGUAUGGUCUCUAAAGCCCCCCACUAUGCCAGCAGCUACCGUAGAUCAUAGCCAAAGAAUCUGUGAAGUUUGGGCUUGUAACUUGGAUGAAGAGAUGAAGAAAAUUCGUCAAGUUAUACGGAAGUAUAACUAUGUAGCUAUGGACACAGAAUUUCCAGGAGUAGUUGCAAGGCCUAUUGGAGAAUUCAGAAGCAACGCAGACUAUCAGUACCAACUCUUACGCUGCAAUGUCGACUUGCUAAAAAUAAUUCAACUGGGACUGACAUUUAUGAAUGAGCAAGGAGAAUACCCUCCAGGAACUUCAACUUGGCAAUUUAAUUUUAAAUUUAACUUAACAGAAGAUAUGUAUGCUCAGGACUCUAUCGAACUGUUGACAACAUCUGGUAUCCAGUUUAAAAAGCACGAAGAAGAAGGAAUUGAGACACAGUACUUUGCAGAACUGCUCAUGACGUCAGGAGUUGUAUUGUGUGAAGGCGUCAAGUGGCUUUCCUUUCAUAGUGGAUAUGACUUUGGCUAUCUAAUCAAGAUCCUGACAAACUCCAAUUUACCUGAGGAAGAGCUGGACUUCUUUGAGAUACUGCGAUUGUUUUUCCCUGUCAUCUAUGAUGUAAAAUAUCUUAUGAAGAGUUGCAAAAAUCUGAAGGGUGGGUUACAAGAAGUGGCUGAGCAGUUAGAGCUGGAAAGGAUAGGACCACAGCAUCAGGCAGGAUCCGAUUCUUUACUCACAGGAAUGGCCUUUUUCAAAAUGAGAGAAAUGUUCUUUGAAGAUCACAUUGACGAUGCCAAAUAUUGUGGCCACUUAUAUGGUCUUGGUUCGGGGUCAUCUUAUGUACAGAAUGGCACAGGAAACGCUUAUGAAGAAGAAGCCAACAAACAGUCAUGACAUGAAAUGAAAGGCCGUCUUUUUGACCUCCACAUGCUUGUAUAUAGGUUUUAUCUCUGGUUGAACCCCUUGGACAAUUAAGGCUUUUUUCCCCCCUUUCUCAGCACACUUUCUUUUCUGCCUUUCUAUGUACUAAACUUGACUGUUCCUAUCACAGAUUUUGAUCUUAAUAUUGAUACGUAAAAUUUUCUGGGUUACAUUUUGGCCUCUUAACAAGCCCAUUUGUAAAGAAGCAUGUAUAGGAUCAGUGUGGCAGAGAGAAGGGGAAAGUUGAAUCAUAAUGAAUAUUCUGGUAAAUUUGCCUACAUCGUUCUUCCAGUUUUUUGUCUUUCCCCUCCCUUCUCUAAAUUAAUUGGCUCUGAUUAUAACUAACUUCCCCCUUCAUGUCUGUUCUUUCUAGUAUGCAGGCGUUUUAGCUAUUCAAGAUUGUGGACCAUCAGAUUUGCACUUUAGAGAGCGACUCUGACUCAGAUCCUCUGUUUUAUUUGAAGUUUGUUUUGGUUUUUUCUUUUGCCCUCAGCUAGAAAACAAUCAUCUGCCAAGUUCAGCAGCUUCAAGCUGUAUUUUCUUGGUAUCUCAACCCACACAACGGGACUUAUUUGCUGCAUAAUCUCUGUUUGUUCAAGCAAAACAAACUACUGAAAUCAUAGUAAUUGCUCUUACUUUACUAGUGUUUGGUCAUCUUCCAACACAUGCUGCACAUGUCAACUGCUGGUUGGCCUGCUGCUUUAAAACUGCUCUGUGAUGGGGGAAAGAGGCUUGAAAAAACAGCUUUACACCCUUCAGGAGAAGAACAGCUAUGACUUUAGCCUUUUUGCCAUUAAGCUGAGAGUUGAAGGAUAAUGGAAAAGUAGGAGUCUUGUAACAGCACAUUUCCCUUGAUUAACCUCGUGGCUUUUAUCCUAGUAAUGUACACCUCAGAUAUUUUUUAUGAAGUCAUAUUUAUUAUGUACUUGAUUUCAUGAUUUUUGUAAGUCAGUUUAGUUGAAGACGAACCCCAAAGAUCUGAAAAAUACUAUUUAAUUGAAUUAUUGAAUUAGAAGGACAAUUAAAUCAUGCCUUUUUGUAGUUGUUUCAAAGACAGAUGUUAAAGAUAUUUGUUGUAAGACAACAAAAUAUAAAUAACUUCAGCUAAUAAAGUUACCUGAGGAGUGUAA